AUGACAAAGCAUUGGUCAGCGCAGAGUCUCUUGGCACCACCCGCGCUGUCCCACCAUGGAGAACAUCACGACCAUCAACUUGACUCCCACAGGAGAGCGCAGCAGAGUUUUCGUGGCGAGAGUGUAGUGCGGAGCUCAUCAGCCCAAUACUGGCCUCACCACCCGGCUCAGAUGGCUCCCCAGCAGCCGCCGCGCUUGGAGAAGCCCUCUGCCUGCAUCGAGCACAUCAGCAGCGCCACGGAAUUCAUGGAUAAAGUCGUCCCACCUGGCUCAUCAUACGCGAACACUCAAGAUGCCCACUUUAAGCAGGAAACGAAUACCCAGGACGCAUGGAGCGGUGAACAGGAGAAGAGUACUGCUGGCGUUGGGAAGAAAAAGAACUACAAGCGGUAUCCAAAACCACCGUACUCGUAUCUUGCAAUGAUCGCUAUGGUCAUCCAAAGGUCUCCAGAGAAGAAGUUGACGUUAUCUGAGAUCCUCAAAGAGAUCAGCACCCUGUUUCCAUUUUUCAAAGGAAACUACAAAGGUUGGCGGGAUUCGGUGCGACACAACCUGUCUUCUUAUGACUGCUUUGUUAAGGUGUUGAAGGAUCCGGGUAAGCCACAAGGAAAAGGUAACUUCUGGGCUGUGGAGCUGAGCCGUGUUCCUCCGGAGCUUCUCAAGAGGCAGAACACGGCUGUGGCGCGCCAGGAUGAGACAAUCUUUGCCCAAGAUCUGGCCCCCUACAUUCUGGAGGGACACAAGCCUGAAUCUGAGCCGCCUCCUAAUCCCGUGACCUCCCUCCCUCCUGCGCGCUCCGGAAACACCCCCCCACCACAGGAAGACUUGUUCCGACCCAGGCUGGACUCGUCCUUCGCCAUCGACUCUCUGCUACACAGCUUGCGGCCGGCUAGUGCUUCGGGGGAUGUGAAUGUGGCUGCCAGGGACUCCUGGGGCGAGAUGGAGCGCUCUCGGCCUUCUCUGGCUCCACGACCUCGCUACGCCUCCUCUGCCCUCAGCGCCUCUGCCAGCUCUGCAAGUCCGGCCUCCACCUCCUCCACGUCCUCCUCCUCUUCCUCUGAAGACGAAUGGAAAGGAAUACCUCUAUCCAGGAAGCGAGUUCCUCCUGAUGGUGAAGCAGGCUCAGAUGGUUAUGAGGAUUUCAGGGCGCCAGUGCAAAAAUCAGCCAGACGGGAGACAGUUGCACCUCCAUGGGAGCUCCCUACCUCUUACACUAAAUAUGCUCCCCCCAAUGUUGUUGCCCCACCAAGCAUACGCUUUAAUGGAAAUCCGUUAAUGUCGCUGCAUGCUGGACUACCUCUCUACGGUUACAGUAGCUCACCUGUGACAUCUGGUCACUUCAUAAGCCAUGCCUAUUGGCCCAUCCUCCCCAGCAGGCGCGUUUCAGUUCAAGCCCCUCCCUUACUUAUGGACCUGGACAACAUGUUGCAAUCUGUGCCUCCAAAUAAGAGUGUUUUCGACGCGUUCAUACCUGCCAAUCAGAACACUCACCCACAUCAUCAACCACCCAGUCAGUACGUGCUGCAGAACGGGGCUCCGCUGAACAGAUAUCAUCAGUAUUAA